GUUUCCGGGAAAUAUCGGAAAUCAUCCAUUUCUUCAGGAACAAGUCAAGUAGUGUGAGAGUUGGCCUGACACAAAAAUUGUUAUGGCGAGUCUGGACGAUCUACAGAAAGAUGCAGAGGAAAUUCGACAGUUUAUUUCGACAUCUCAAAGACCACGUGUGAAAGAAGUUCUCCAAAGGGAGCUUCUGACAGUAGAACAGGAGAUUUCUCUUCAAAUCCACCAAAACGCUACCCAUCCAGAAGGAAAAGAAGAAGAGGCUAAGCAACCUGCAGCAGAAGCGAAAGUAACCAAAGUUCCACUCUAUACAAAAAGUAUAAGUUCGUAUGGCUGGGAUCAAUCUGACAAGUUUGUUAAAAUAUAUAUCACUCUUCCCGGAGUAGAGUCCUUACCAAAAGAGAAGAUUACUUCAAAGUUCACCAAAAAUUCAGUCGAAGUUGUUGCUCAUGAACUGGAUGGGAAAAACCACCAACUAAAAAUAAUGAAACUUUGCCAUAACAUAGUUGUGGGAGAAAGUUAUACAAAGGUCAAAACUGGGAAUUUGGUUGUAAUGAUGAAGAAAGAAAAGAUUAAGCAGACUUGGGAAGAUGUGGUUGUGAAAGCAAAGGAUACUUCACCUCUGAAAAGUGGUGCUGAUGAUCCUGACAAAGAUCCACAGAAAGCUAUCAUGGAUAUGAUGAAGAAGAUGUAUGACGAAGGUGAUGAUGACAUGAAAAAGACCAUUAAUAAGGCYUGGAGUGAGUCUAUGAACAAAGUGGGAACUGGAGAGGGACUGAACAUGAGUGGACUUUAAUCUGUCGUUUAGUUUAGAAAGCAAAGCAGAAACACUAUCUUAUUGCUUACUCCUAUGUUUAUUAUCAGAAGGAAAAUAAGAAGGGCUCUAUAUAUAAGCUAAGAUCAUGCUUUUGGUCUUAGCUUCUCCUUUGAACCAUUUUAUCAGUUACUUGUUUUAGUUUUAGGGGGAAUUUUGCAGUGAAUUUAUAGUUAUUGAUAGUUGUUACCUAAACAUAGCUGGCAAAUCAUAAAAACCAAAAUAUGCAGGAAAAACUAGACAGUUGUUUGAUAGUCCUUGCCUACCUGAAUAUCAAAGAAAACUAUAAAAUGAAAGCCUUAUUUUUUCAAGUAGCCUCUAUGGUGCCACAUGAAUGAGAUGUAGUUGCAUAGGUAUCAUCAAUUAUGUAUGUUUUGUAAGAGAAAAUUAAAAACAUUUGAUUAUCUGGUACAA